GCGCCGUACUCCUCGCGCUCGCCCUCGCCAUGACCGUGAAGCGCCGGAACCACGGCCGCAACAAGCACGGCCGCGGCCAUGUCAGGUUCGUCCGCUGCAACAACUGCGCCAAGACCAUCCCAAAGGACAAGGCGAUCAAGAGGUUUCGUGUGUCGAACGUCGUGGAACCGGCAGCCAUGAGAGAUCUCCAAGAGGCGUGCGUCUUUGAUGGUUACGUUUUGCCCAAGCUUUACGAGAAGAUGCAUUGGUGCGUGGGCUGCGCCAUCCACCAGCACAAAGUCCGUGUCCGCUCCCGUAAAGACCGGAAGAACCGGGCACCUCCGCAGCAACGCUUCCGUCCCAGGGAGGAAAGACCUGGGGGCCAAGCUCCUCGUCCUGGUGGUGUCCCUGGGGGUCCUGGUGGUGUCGGCGGUGGUUUCGGCACCGGUGCUCCAGCUCCCAAUGUCGCUGGCACCUGAUUUGGCCUCCUGAGUGUUCUGCUUGUUUUAACCAGUCUAGAUCUUACCGUAGAACUAUCGUAAUGCCAGUAGUGGGUACUGGAUGAGUCCGUACUUUUUUGCAUCGAAAAACCUGUUAUGUGGCCAGGCCAAAUGUUAUCUAUGAUCUACCUAGUUGUGAGCAUCGGUUAUGGACAAGGCUAUCUGCUACCUUCAUAUGUUAUUACUCAGUAGGCACCACUUGUUUUUGUCUCUUUUUAUCUGGUUAACUGCAGUU